AUGAGCGGCGCACUUCCCGAGGAGUUCGAUAUCAUUGUGUGUGGAGGAGGUAGUGCGGGAUGCGUGGUGGCUGGACGAUUGGCCAACUUGGACCAUAAUCUCACCGUCCUUCUCAUUGAAGGCGGUGCAAACAACCUCAACAACCCAUGGGUGUUCCGCCCGGGUAUCUACCCCAGGAACAUGAAGUUGGACUCCAAGACUGCUACUUUCUACGAGUCUAGACCUUCAAAAUGGCUCUCUGGUCGAUCCGCCAUUGUUCCCUGCGCCAACAUUCUUGGCGGAGGUUCUUCGAUUAACUUCAUGAUGUACACUCGCGCAUCUGCCUCCGACUACGACGACUUCCAGGCCAAGGGAUGGAGUACCAAGGAGCUGCUUCCUCUCAUGAAGAAGCACGAGACGUAUCAACGUGCCUCUCACAACCGAGACUUGCACGGAUUCGAAGGCCCAAUCAAGGUUUCCUUCGGCAACUACACCUACCCAAUCAAGGACGACUUCCUCCGAGCUGCUGAGUCUCAAGGGAUCCCUGUCGUGGAUGAUCUGCAGGAUCUGUCAACGGGCCACGGAGCCGAGCACUGGCUGAAGUGGAUCAACCGAGACACGGGCCGUCGCAGCGACAGUGCUCACGCCUACAUUCACGCGACUCGUGCUGUUCACUCCAACCUGUACCUUGCUUGCAACACCAAGGUUGACAAGGUCAUCAUUGAAAACGGCCGUGCCGUCGGAGUCAAGACAAUCCCGACCAAGCCCCUGCACCCCAAUGAGCUCAAGGGCCGCACCUUCAGAGCCCGCAAGCAGAUUGUCGUUUCCGGCGGCACUCUCUCGUCCCCGCUCAUCCUCCAGCGCUCUGGUGUUGGUGACCCCGCCAAGCUCCGCGCCGCCGGUGUUGAGCCGAUCGUCGACCUCCCCGGUGUCGGUCUGAACUUCCAGGACCACUACCUCACCUUCUCCGUCUACCGCGCGAAGCCAGGCGUCGAGAGCUUUGACGAGUUUGUCCGGGGCAACCCCGAGGUCCAGAAGCGUGUGUUCGACGAGUGGAACAUCAAGGGAACUGGCCCGCUCGCCACCAACGGCAUUGAUGCUGGUGUCAAGAUCCGCCCGACUGCUGAGGAGCUCAAGGAGUUCGAGAGAUGGCCUACUCCUCACUUCAAGGACGGCUGGAAGUCAUACUUCGAGAACAAGCCCGACAAGCCGGUGAUGCACUACUCCGUCAUUUCAGGUUGGUUCGGUGACCACAUGGUCAUGCCCCCCGGCAACUUCUUCACCAUGUUCCACUUCCUCGAGUACCCCUUCUCGCGUGGAUCUACCCACAUCACCUCUCCCAACCCGUACGACGCUCCCGACUUCGACGCCGGCUUCAUGAACGAUGAGCGCGACAUGGUUCCCAUGGUCUGGGGCUACAUCAAGUCUCGCGAGACUGCCCGUCGCAUGGAGGCAUACGCCGGAGAAGUUGCCAACAUGCACCCAACCUACGCAUACGACUCCACUGCUCGCGCCAGGGACCUCGACCUGCCGACCACCAACGCGUACGCCCUACCCGGCAACCUGUCCGCUGGUAUCCAGCACGGAAGCUGGACGCAGCCCCUCAACGAGGCGGACAGGAAGGCCGACCUCAAGAAGACGGUAUCCAGCAACCGCGUUGAUGUUCGCGACGAGCUCAAGUACAGCGAUGAUGAUAUCAAGGCCGUCGAGGAGUGGGUUAAGCGCCACGUCGAGACCACUUGGCACAGCCUCGGAACCUGCUCCAUGGCCCCCAAGGAGGGCAACAGCAUCGUCAAGCACGGUGUUCUGGACGAGCGCCUGAACGUCCACGGUGUCAAGGGCCUCAAGGUCGCCGACCUUUCCAUCUGCCCCGACAACGUCGGCUGCAACACGUACUCAACCGCUCUGCUCAUCGGCGAGAAGGCCGCCAUGCUGGUCGCCGAGGACCUCGGAUACUCGGGCGAGGCCCUGGAGAUGAAGGUUCCCAACUACCACGCCCCCGGCGAAUUCGUGGGUGCCACCGCUCGUCUGUGA